GCAACUCGUCUUCUUUCAUUAUUACUUGUUCAGCGUCUCGCACGCAACUCAUCUAUUUAGUCAUAUUUUGCGGUCGGUACGUCCUUCACCAAGACCUUCAUGCUCAAUCGACAAGAGAUGCUACCGCCUCCCCCUCCACCGCCGACUUUUCGAGCCCCAACGACUGGCGACCGCCCAACUCCACAAGCGCCAGUUGUUCUUGAGAACGUUCCAGCUGGAGGCCUGUUACUGGAGUUAAUCAAGCAUAACGGCGCACCAUUCAAUGAUCACUGGGCAUACUUUGUUCAAUCUAGCUCGAGCCCUUCUGUUGGUACCGUGUAUGAGGCUAUUGGCGAUGUACGCAGCGGAUUCCAACGCCAGAUCCGGAGGAAUCAUGACCUGAAUUCUGAUCCACCCUCAUCCCGAAUUCCGCUCCAGUGGAUUGAGGGUGUAUUUGUCGACGAAGGGUUGAUGCUUAAUAGUCAAGGGUCCAUUCCGGUGUGCAUCUUCGAGGAAAGCCUACAUAAAGUCAAGGUGCCCGAGAAGACGCUUAAUAACACGACUGAGAGUGAAGCUCCCAAGAAGAGAAUCGUACAAAGAAACUGCCAGACAUGGAUCGUUGAGUCGGCGGACCAACUGUUCGCAGAUGGCAUUCUCUGUCUAGAUGUCGCUACAUAUCUUCAUGCAACGAAGCAGGUCUAAACAGUUAUCAAGAUGCUGCAUUUGAGUAGCUCAGGUUUGUCAGGUUUGUCAUCAGCAAGUCAAACUGGGUGCCAUGGAGAACAGUAGAUACCGGCCAGAGAGGAUUUAUAAUUCAGAAUAGCUUCAUGUCUAGACUAACGUGUUGAUCCUUUUACUCCAAG